GUAUUACUUACAUUUAUACUUUGAGAUUUUUUAUAAUUUAGUCAUCUUCAGAAAUAUUUAAAAAUUUAAUAAGUUUGGCAGUUUUUAAAAAGUUGUAAAGAAAAUUUGGUUAAAUUUUGGAAUUUCGAGGAUGUUCCCAUAAUUUAUUAUUUUUCCUGAAAUUAUUAAAAUAUAUUUUUAAAAAUUACUAUAAAAAUAUAGUAAUAAAAUUUGUCAUUAUUUGAAAUAAAAAUAUGUAUAAUAGCUUGUUGUAAUGGAGGAAGAUAACUCUGAGUCUGACGAGUCGAAAUCUCUUCCUGAUGAGACAAAAUCAUCAAAUGGGCACCCGCUAGUGCCUCUUAAAGUUGAAUACUGCCGAUUCUGCUCAAUGCCUUACGACUUUUGUGACUUUGGAGAUAAGUGGGAGACGGGCGUAUGCUUCAAGGAGUGCAGUUCCAGAUACCCUGAGAUCUUUCCCCUGGAAAUGAUGGCUCUGGACGGGCUUGGCUUCAGUACUCUCACUGUUAAAACCAAGAAAAAAGCGCCAAAACAAGCGCCACAGGAAAUUUUCAUACAGAAAUCCGCCAGAACUAAACGGAAAGUCAUCACCUCCGUCACAGGAUUACAUCUCUUCGGAGUGAAAUUGGAGCAGGCGGCUAAGUUAUUUUCAAAGCAUUUUGCGACGGGAGCGAAUGUGAUUAAGGGCACUCCAGGCCAGUCUGACCGUAUAGACAUUCAGGGCGACGUUGAGGAUCCCAUCGUGGAACUCCUGUUAACUAAUUACCCCGCCAUUACUGAGGAGAAAAUCACCAAACUACAACCCAAAAUGAAGUAAAAAUCACUGUAAUUUAUUCACAUUUUACACUAAUUUCACAUAAUUUAUCAAUAAUUCUA